AUGCCAAGAGUGUCAGCUAGAUCCAAUAAAGGUACUCAUUCACUACGUGAAAGGGAAGCAUUAGAAGCUCAAGCAGAACUUGAACAAAAUCAAGGUUAUCAAAAACUAAAUGUUAAUAAUAAAAGUCUACAUACAAAGAAUGAACCAAAACCAAUUGAAAAAGAUGAUGAUGAUGAAGAAUUUAAACCAGAUCAAAAAGAUAAUGAUCAAGAAAAUCAAGGAGAUGAUGAUAAUUUAGAAGAUGAAAAUGAUAUAAGAUGUGGUCCAUGUGGAGCAACAACUGAAAAUUAUGAUGAAGAAGAUGAUCCUUAUGGAACAAUGGUAUUUUGUGAACAUUGUAAAACUUGGCAACAUUUAAGAUGUAUGGGAUUAAAUAAAAAAUCAAAUUUAGAUGAUUAUAAAUGUGAUAUUUGUUCAGGAAAUCCUAGACCUUUAUUAAAGAAAAGAAAAUCUUCAUCUGUUAAUGAAGAACCACAAUUGAAAAAGAAAACUCCUGGAAGAAAAAGUCAAAAUGAUGCAGAAUUAGGACCAUUUGAAAGAUUAAAAGAUCCAAUCAGAGUUAGUACAGCUAAAGCAUUUUAUAAUUUUUUAAAUAAAAUUUCAUUAACUAAGAAAAAAAUCGAAGAAAAUAAAUCAACUGAAACCAACCCAGAAUCAACUAAAAUUAGCGAAGAAGAAAUAAAUUCAAAAUCACUAAAUAUAGCACUUGAACUUGAAUCAAUUAUGAAUUCAAAAUUUACAAAAAAAUUAUAUUCAGAUGAAGGUCGUAGAGUAUUAUUUAUUUUGAAAAAAGGUUAUGGACAAGAUUUAUUAAAUGACAAAUUAACAGUUUUAGAAUUAAUGAAUAAAUCACCACAAGAUUUAAAUGCAGAUAUUGCUAAAAUUGAACAACAAAAUAAAGAAAAUAUUAAAAAUAUAGUAUUAGUUGAAAAUGAUCAAACUCAAAUUGUAAGAAGAACUCAUAAAGGAGAAAUUAUAUUAGAAAAUGAAAAUGAAUUUUAUAAUCAAAUGGAUGAAAGUAUUGCUGCUAGAAAAGUUGAUCAUCGUAGAUUCUCACAAGAUUUGGCUGAUUUAGAACCUAAUCAUUUGAAAACUGAUAAAGUUGAAAAAAGUAUCUACAAUAAUGUCAAUCCAAGAUUGGAACAUGAUGACUCAUCAAGUGAUGAAGAAGAAGAGGAAGAGGAAAAGGAAGAACAACAGAAUGAAGAUUCUAAAGAUAGAGAAAAUAAAGCUACUACAACGAGUGAAUUUAAUAAGAGUCAACAUAAUCCUGAAGAAAUAACAAUACCAACAAACGAAACUCAAGAUGAUCAAAAAUCCACAGAAUCACUUAGUGAUAAUGGUAAUGCUCCAACUCCCGAAGAAGACAAAAUUCAAGGUUUUUUGAAUGGUGAGUUAAAUUCAGAUGACAAACGCUCACCAGAACCAACUAAAAGCAAAUCACCAUCAGUUCAAAUACAAGCUCCACCAAUUGAAUUAUGGCAAGGUUCUAUAACAUUUCCAGAAUUGGCGAACUUCAAAGCAAAUGCAUUUUAUUAUUCAUCAACUGACUAUAUCAACGAUACAUCAUCUAAAUCUCUUGAUAAUUCAACGAAUAUAGCAAGAGAUAUUUUUAAAAAACAACACAGUUAUAUAAUUGAAGGUAGAUUACAAAAAGAAACAUGUGAAAAAUAUUUAAAUAUGAUAACAUCAACAAGAAAUUUAUAUAUAAUUGAAAUUAAACCAAAUAAUUUGAAUUUUGGUGAUGAAAAUAAAAUUUCAAAAAAUCAAAGAAAUUUUGAUAAAUUAUAUCAUUAUUUUAUAAAAUCAAAUAAAGUUGGAGUAUUAAGUGGUAAACCAUCAUUUGUUAAAGAUUCAUAUUUAAUGUCAAUUGAUUUUAGAGAUUUACAAUUAUCAAAAAUUUUUCAAAAUCAUAAAAUAAAAUUAUCAGAUAAAAUUGGUUUAUUUGCUGUUUUUGUUGUUUCAAAAAAUUAUAAACCUCAAAAAAUUGAUGAAUUAGAAGAUGUAAGAAUUAAUUAUAGUCGACCUUCUUCUUUAUCUACUACUUCUUCUAAUAAUUAUUCAAAUUCUAAAAAUUCUAAUAAUAAAAAUUUAGAAUCUAUUUUAAAUCAAUUGUAA